AAUAAUGAUGCACUCAAUCGUUCACUUCAUUACGCCGACAUAGGGAAUCCAACCUUCUACAAAUACAACCAUCCAUGUUUCUUCUUCUUAGACUCUACUUCUAAAUGCACCGAUAACCUUGGAGUUACGUUGAUGUGGGCUUAUGUCCCAAGUUGCCCCAUCUGAUCCGUUUGUAGCCAGCACACCGAACGCCGAAACGCGAGAAUCAUGGCCGACAGUAUCGACUCCAUCGUCAAGGGCGCCCCUCAGCCCGGCCAGGAGAUCAAAUCUCCUCCCAUGGGAACCAGCCCUAUCGGCGUAGUUAAGCCCGGCGACCCUUUGAAGCACACGCCGAGUUCUCCUUCUAUGAUCUAUCUCAACAUGCUGAUCCUCGAAGCCUCGCUACGCUCCCAGUACCUCGAACUCCGAGCCCGACGGCGCAAACACACUUUCUUCCUGAGUCUUCUAUGCCUCUGGCUGGCGGGCUUCGGAUAUGCCCUGUUCUUUGCGCCUCGGGAAGAUGGCAGCGGUGUCGGCGGAUCGGUAUACUGGGUGGUCGACAUGACGGAGCAGGUGUGCUUCAUAAGCGGCAUCGUCACGGGCAUAUUAGUCUGGGCAACCGGCAUAUGGGAACGAGGCAUUAGGUGGCCGCGACGUUGGUUUAGUAUAUGCAACAGAGGUUUACGCGGAUUCAACUGCAAGUUGGUCGUUAUUAAAAGAUCAUGGUGGGUUGAGCUUGUCUCGCUAAUCGGCUUCUUCUUCACCUAUGGCGCAUUCUCUAACAGGGCCGGCCAAUAUCGUUUCGUCGAGCCUUCGAUACUUCGCGAAGUCGAUCGAGAGUUGAACCUCACCCGCAACGAGCACCCACAACUUCCGUUUGUCAGUACAGACGAAGAGAAGGGCGGGCAUGAAGAGGAUCUAUCGCCCGGGGGGGACUACGUCAAACUCCUUUUAUGGCCCAAGCCUUUUUCGCCUAACUUUCGGGAAAACUGGGAGCUCUACAGAAGCGAGUAUUGGGAAAGAGAAAACGAGCGCAGGGCCUUAUUGAGAUCUAAAUUGAAAGCGCGCGAUAGACAACUUGCAAAGCAGCAGAAUGGUUGGCUGUGGUGGUUGCCGGGACAGCCAAAAGUAGAGGACAAGCCACACCUGCACGUCUCGGGAGCAGGAGAUGCGGAGAAAAUGCAACAUCACCGGCCUGCAGCGAUCGGAAAAGAGGGCAAACGUACUAGGAGCGGCAGUAUUCGGCGGGCUAGUAACUCAGCCGGAUCGUCACGAAGCCCGACGCCUCCGAUGGAGUCCGAGGAAGGUGGACGAAGUAGGAGAGGUAGCGUGGCCUCGCUUACUUCGGAGAAGAGACGGAAGAAACAUCUUUCUACUGGCUCCAGACCGAAGAGGCCAGGUGCCGAGUCACGAUCUGUUACACCGGAAUUCACAUCACCGCUUGCCAAGGAGAGCAGUAUCGGUGAUAGUGAGGCGGCGUAGCGGUUAUCGAGAGGCUAGUGGAUCAUGUGUACUUGCUAGUCUAUUUUGGUCCUUUAAUUUAUAGAAAAGUUUCUCAUCUAAAAAGUUUACCCAAGUUUAUGAAGAAUGAGUGUGGCCGUCUUAUGAUACAUUUCACUAUUAGUGUAUCUUCUCCUUACAUCCAGAGCAUACCGAGUACAAAUCUUGCAAAGUCCAUGGCCGAGUUUUCUACGAAGAAAACUAGAAGACCGGUUCAUCAACUUCGUUAUGAUAUGAAAGGCCUCGCAAUUUAUUCGUAGAAAUUGUCUGGGUAGCGUUAUCGAAGUCAGUAAAAUUUUAUGUAUAUUAGACGUACUUAUAUUACGUAUUAUGUAGG